GCCGCCGCCGCCGCUGCCGCCGCCGCCGCCGCGCACCUCCCGUCCAUGGCCGGGGGCCAGCAGCCGCCGCCGCAGAGCCUGCUCUACUCGCAGCCCGGGGGCUUCACGGUGAACGGCAUGCUGAGCGCGCCCCCGGGGCCGGGCGGGGGCGGCGGCGGCGGCGCGGGCGGCGGCGCCCAGAGCCUGGUGCACCCGGGGCUGGUGCGCGGGGACACUCCCGACCUGGCCGAGCACCACCAUCCCCACCACCACCACGCGCACGCGCACCCGCCGCACCCGCACCACGCGCAGGGACCCCCGCACCACGGCGGCGGCGGCGGCGGCGCGGGGCCCGGACUCAACAGCCACGACCCGCACUCGGACGAGGACACGCCGACGUCCGACGACCUGGAGCAGUUCGCCAAGCAGUUCAAGCAGCGGCGCAUCAAGCUGGGCUUCACGCAGGCUGACGUGGGGCUGGCGCUGGGCACCCUGUACGGCAACGUGUUCUCGCAGACCACCAUCUGCCGCUUCGAGGCCCUGCAGCUGAGCUUCAAGAACAUGUGCAAGCUCAAGCCGCUGCUGAACAAGUGGCUGGAGGAGGCGGACUCGAGCACCGGCAGCCCCACGAGCAUCGACAAGAUCGCGGCGCAGGGCCGCAAGCGCAAGAAGCGGACCUCCAUCGAGGUGAGCGUCAAGGGCGCGCUCGAGAGCCACUUCCUCAAGUGCCCCAAGCCCUCUGCGCAGGAGAUCACCAACCUGGCCGACAGCCUGCAGCUCGAGAAGGAGGUGGUGCGGGUCUGGUUCUGCAACCGGCGCCAGAAGGAGAAGCGCAUGACGCCGCCCGGGAUCCAGCAGCAGACGCCUGACGACGUCUACUCGCAGGUGGGCACCGUGAGCGCAGACACGCCGCCGCCGCCGCACCACGGGCUGCAGACGAGCGUGCAGUGA